CGGCAAUCUACCCAUGAGAUAGGCCUUGCGAGGCGACUGAUCCUAUCGCCAGCGAGGCCGGAGAUGGUGACGCUAGGCACUUCAUCGCGAGAAGGCAGUGUUUCACCACUGGAAUCCAUCAAGGAAGAAGCCGACCACGACGCCGACAAUGAUGCCGAUAACAGCAGGGAGCCCUUCGAGGAAGUUGAGGGCUACUUGAUGCAGAUGGGAACCGGCAACACCCCAAGCUCGAGUGUACAGACGCGCAAUCCCGGGCCGCGCGUGGUCUUCAAGGAUGACGACGACAAUUGGUCUUCAUUUUCGAACCCAGAGUGCUUGCAUGAACGCCCUUGCGGCCACAAGGCGGGUCCCCGCGUCCUGUUCAAACCCGACGGGGUCGGAUCGGACGAGAAGGUCUUCGAGUCCCCGAACGGCCCGAUAGGUACGCAGACACCGUUCCCUGGAACGACAAUUUCCUGCUCCCCAAACCCAAAUCCCGAUUCUCUAUGUAGUCGGGCCGGCGAGGACAUGGGGCACCGGACGAACACUGGCCUCCCGAGCCAAAUUGGGCCGUUCUUCCUCCAAUCGAAGUCAAGUGGAAGCUCCGUUGCCGAGGGCCCUGUGACCACGGACACCGAAUUAACGCCCACCCCCGUUACAGGUGGGAACAAGACACUGCGAACUCUCCAAAAAGAUUACUACGCGUCCCGCACAGCAAACUGGGUGGUGAAUCUCCCCCCCGAAGCUGCCACCGUCCCUGGCCACAUCAUACCUCUCGCUACUUUUGAAAACAAACCCCCCGCCAACCCCGACCACCCCGACGAUAUGGGCACUUCGCAUCUGAAAGACUCGGCAAUCCGAGGCAACUUCAUCCCUCUUUCCAAAUCUCUCAAGGAAUCUUCGCCCUCGACUCGACACGAACAGGGGCCCCGCGGCGUUUACCUACAGCUUAGCUUGACCGACUCGCAGAUGGACAAAUUGACAGCCGUCUUAUCCACGGACGACGACAUUGUACCGCCCCUCCCCCGGGGCAGGGUUAGAAGCGACGAACAGAACAUCGAGAACAUGAAUAGAGCAAGCAACGAGAAUACGGCGCCGAGGGUGCGGUCUCGGUCGCCGGAGAAGACGUACCAACCGACCACUACGCCUUCUCGGGCGCGCUCUCGCUCGCCUGUCAAGUUCCUUACCAAAACCCCCGAGAGCCAGCGUACUAUCCAGGGCGCCCAGGCCCAUGCCAGAAGCGCGUCGCCCAGCAAGUCACAAGAGACUCGCUUUGGCCGGAAUACCACAAUGACCCAGACUACACCGACUCGGUCUGGCGGACGCGGAGUUCGGAGUGCGCCUGCGCCAAUCGACACGGAUCUUGCACGAGCUCACGCUAGAAUGGCCGCCCUUCGAAUUGGCAAACAGCCAACGGUCGUCGUUCAUAACCCGCCGGAGAGGUCUUCUUCACCUGUCCGUCAGCCUACCCAGCUCCUCACGGCCGACGAUUCUUCCUCGUACUACUCCCAGGAUUCGUGCGGAGAGCGCCACCCUUCCUACAUCAGCCCCCUCCAUAUCCAAAAAGACGGCGAACCCAGGCAUAUCAGCAUUCUGCAAGAAUACACCGAUAAGAAGAACUCGGCCCGCGGUUCGGAUAAAGGUUCAGAGGUGUCUGAGCAGCAACGGGUGACGCCGGACCAACUAUCGAGCGGCCCGGACAUGGCUUACACCCCGUUGGCUCCCUUCCUCCCGCAGGGUGCGCCGACCAUCCGGAAAGCCUCCAAGACUCUAAUCGGCGAGGGCGGCUGGCUCGAGAACACGUCGAAGCCCGAACAGGCUGGGUCCCCUACCCGAGGUGUUGGUUUCCUCGGAAACCUCGUCAAGAAGGCAAAGGGGAUGAUCGAAUCCAACCAGGACAACCGCGCCCAGCGCAAGUCACGGGAAUCCGACAACAACAACAAGAGCCGCCCUACCUCGCGCCAGCUCGCCAUCUCGCUCAGCCCCCGCGAGCAGAGCCUCCUCUACUGCGAGCUCGAGUUCGCCCUGGCCACGGCGCUCAACGACUACAUCACGGCGCAGCUCACGGCGGGCCGGCUCGAGGCCGACCGCCUGCGCAAGGUGGCCGAGGACUGGCAGCGCAAGGGCCGGCCCAAGGUGGUCGGGUUCCGCUACGACCUGGAGACGCAGCUGGACCUGGUGCGCACCCACGUCCACGACUUCAAGUUCUACUCGCGCGCCGCCGCCACCACGGCCAUCCUCGGCAUCAUCGACACCGCCAAGUCCAACGCCCGCGUCUUGCGCCUCCGCACCUUUUGCCAGCCCGAUACCGUUAUUGCUAAGCAGCUGCUCGACUCCCAGGGCCUGUUCAACAUCCUCGGCUGCCCGGAGGACCAGCAGAUCAAGCUGGCUGAGAUCAUUGCUUUUUUCAAGGCCGCCAUCGAGAGGCGUCGACUCUGCGCGCUGCGGGAGAAGCAGCAGCAGCAGCAGCAGCAGCAGCAGCAGCAGGGUGACUACUCUGGCGUUGGUAACCACUCUGGCGUCGGUGUGGCUCCGGCGGCUGGUGCUACCUCGCCGUUGCGCAAUAGCCGGAGCCCAAGGCAGUCCGAUGGCUGGUGGGGGACUACUGCUGCGGCGGCUGCUACGACUGGGCAGCUGAGGGGCACCAACGCGCAGGGCGCCGGCAGGAUGGAUCCUGCUGGGUAUGAUACACCGGAGGAGUAACGCCUGACCGGUAUGAUGGUCGGGUUUUGCUGGAGCGGUACAGUGACGAAAUCUCUUCUUUCUCACUUUCCUUUUCUGUCGCCUCUCCCCUUUUUGUCUCUCUCCCUUUCGGUUCCUUCGGCGACUACAUCAGGUACAAGGCUACUUGAAAGUUCUGCUUCAGCGUUGUCAGUUCCGAACAUUUCAGUCCGGGCAGCAGCUUCGUCAUAUCGGGGCUCCUUCUCACGUCUCAAAAAAGGGCUUGGCCAAGGGCACAAGGCCGGAAGAUUCUACAGUCUACAAGGAGGGUCAUAGUUGGCGCUCUUUUCUAAUUUCUC